AUGAGUUCUUGGCAGAGGGUUGGAUUUAUGAAUGGAAAUGCCAGCCAUAAAACUAACGAAUCUAAAGCUGAGCAGAUGAUGUCUACUGACAUUUACGAAAAAGUUUUUAAAUCAUCAUUCGAAAUUGUUAGACAAAAUCUAGACAACGGAAGCUAUAAAAAUCUAGAUGUUCAGCCAUAUAUUGACAGAUUAACAUUUUUCUUGGAGUCAUUGCCAGACAACGAUUUUAAAUCCUUCAAUAUUCUCACACCAAACUUCGAUACAUAUCAAGAAAGAGCAUCAAUUAUAAUUAAAUUUUGGCCGGAAUACUUUUCUAUUGAAGAUAAAACAGAUAAACGCAUAGAAUUCGAAUAUAAACAACACAUUUGUCCAAUUUUACAAGAUUUGGAGAAGUGUAAAAUAGGUAAGAUGUUUUAUACUUUACUUUCGAAUUUCAAAUUAGAAUUUAUUAACGGAAAAAUCAUUACUUCUAUUAUUGACUUCAGAAAUACACCAGAGCAGUAUUUUUUUGCAGAACUAAGCAUAUCUUCAGACUUUAUUAGAUCUGAUUUCAAAAAUACCGAUUAUCUCACAAGUGAAAAAAUUUUUAUCGAUUUAACUAAUAAAAAUAUAUGUACUGAUCCAUCUCCUGAUGUUUCUAGAUAUAAUAGUAUUCUAGACUGGAGAGAAAAGAUGUGGAUUCCUCUUAGAUUUGAAGAUUACAGAUUUCAUCCUCCUGAAAAACCUUUCAAACUUGCUGGAACUAAUGUUCGCAUUUUGAAUAUUAAAUCCGAAGCGUUUCCGCUUAAAAAUGAUAAUAUUACUAUUAAUAUUAACACGAAUAUUUCUUUUUUGUAA